UCACUUCCUGGUCCCGUAUUUGGAAGGUUUCCUGGCGGGUGGCAAAAAGUAGUCAGUGGACUCAGCGGACUGUGCAGGCUACGUUAGCAGCAGAGUGGGUCAUCUAGCAAGACUCCUCACAGCCUGCUAAAUAUCGCAGGAGGAAUGCUGUUCUGGUAAUGUCGACUAUCGUACCGUGGUGUUGCUAUCGCACCGUUGUGCCUUCUGAGUUCUGACUGGCCGACCGCCACGCAAUGGCCUCGCCAGUUCUGCCCCCAUCCACAGCUGUCAGGCUGUUCGCCGUGGCAAGCGUCGCUUUUCUCCUACUCCCGUCCACGGUCCGUGCCUCACAAGGAGACAAGGAGCCGGUGUACCGUGACUGUGUUAAGCAGUGCGUCCGGACCAACUGCACCGGAGCUCGGCUCAGGGGUUUUCAGUCCACCCAACCGCCAUACAUGGCGUUGACAGGUUGGACGUGCAGAGAUGACUGCAGGUACCAGUGCAUGUGGACCACUGUGGGCCUGUACCAGGCAGAGGGAUACAGCGUACCUCAGUUUCACGGCAAGUGGCCGUUCGCACGCUUCCUGUGUUUUGAGGAGCCGGCGUCGGCGCUGGCCUCGCUGCUCAACGGCCUGGCCUGCCUGCUGAUGCUGCUCCGAUACCGCAGCGCGGUGCCCCGCCAGAGCCCCAUGUACCACACCAUCACCGCCUUCUCCCUGGUGUCCCUCAAUGCCUGGUUCUGGUCUACCGUGUUCCACACCAAGGACACAUAUCUGACAGAGAAAAUGGAUUACUUCUGUGCAUCUGCUGUGAUCCUCUACUCAAUCUAUCUGUGCUGUGUGAGGACUCUGGGUUUGAGGAGGCCUGGGGUCUCCAGCAUGGUGGGGGUUCUGCUCAUCCUGGUCUUCACCUCCCACGUUUCCUACCUGACCUUUGUCAGCUUCGACUACGGAUACAACAUGGCCGCCAACGCUGCCAUCGGCAUGGUGAACCUGCUGUGGUGGCUGUGCUGGUGCUGGCUGAACCGUCGGACGCUGCCGUACUGGUGGAAGUGUGGUGUGGUGGUGGUGCUGCUCCACGGCCUGGCCCUGCUGGAGCUGCUGGACUUCCCUCCCCUGCUCUGGAUCCUGGACGCCCACGCCGUGUGGCACCUCAGCACCGUGCCUGUUCACUUCCUGUUCUACAGUUUCCUGAUCGACGACAGCCUUCACCUGCUGAACACAGAGAAGACUGGGGUUAAACUGGAGUAGGAGGGGCCACUGCUCACACCCCACCAAUCAGGGCAGCUGGACUCCAGAAAGGGGUGGGGGCACAGUCUCCAUGGCGACCUGCAUGACACCUGUGUUCAUCAGUUUGAAUUCCACCGAAAUCAACUUUGUUUACACUUGAUUUAUUUUUGUUUUGGAUUUUUCUUGUUUUUUUUUUGGUUGAGAGAAUUGUCUCUGUGAUUUGUGGGGUUUCCAGUGAGUUUGCUGUUUAUUUUUUUCUAUUUUUUUGCAUUCACUAAGCUUUGCCUUUGACUUGAGUUAGCAUAGCCCUCAAUGGAUAGUGGACCAGAGAACCGUGUUCUGUAACACAAUAUGACACCCAAUUUGCACGGCCAACCAACAGUGGUUGGACUACACAUAUCUAAUCUAAUUUAACUCCCAGACCUAGCCUAACUGUUGACAGUGAUUGGGAUCAUCACCAUGAUCCACUAAGCCUGGAGCAUUGGAGUCAUCACAUACUCACCUGCCUUCACCUCCAGGAAGCCCAGCAUGCCAGGAUUUACACAAGCUGCAGAUCCCAACAGCCACCACACGGCGGCGCCACCGCCUCAUGUUCUCUGCUGUUGGGAUCCUAGAGUGAGACUGCUUGUGGUUCUCGAAUCACCAUCUCGCCUUUAGUUCACCGAGUCUAUUUCCAUCACCGCUUCUUUUUCAUGUUUGUACAUUAUUAUUUAGUUUUACUUUGCCUUGGGUUCUUUGAUCUUCAUUCUCGAUGACCACUUUGUGCUUUAUUUAGUUAAAUUUAGCUUUUUUUUUUAUUACUAUUUUUAUUCACUUGGAUGGAUUAGUUGCAACGAGAGAAAUAUUUGAACAAUCAUAUUUUUGAAGUGAUCUUUGUUCACCUGGAUUGCCUUUGUGUGUAGGGAGGGAAGUAGAGAGGGAGCAGCUUUAGAGGAGAUGGCUGAAGGUUUACUGUACUCACAAUAGAAGAGCUUCGGAGACUGACAUAGUGAGUGAGUGAGUGUGCGUGCGUGCGUGUCCUUGUCUCCAGUGCUGUUCUCAUGUUCACCUGCCUACUGUUCUGCUGCUGUCCUGUGUGUGUUUCUGUGUUGUGCCUACUUGUACAGGAUACUUUCUUUACCAUUUUUAACGAGGGUUUGUCAUGUGGAGAGUUUUGGCUGUGUGCUUGUGAGGUCCGUGUGUUUGUGAGGUCUGUGUGCUCAGCUGCCCCACGUGCACUUUGACUCACGUGCACGUGUAGAACUUGUGUUGAAGCACACGACAGUGUGUCUGUGAUGCCUCCGUUCAAGGUUUUGCCUUUGCGAUGACCAUCAUGAACUGACUUAACGUGUGUGUGUGUGUGUGGGGGGGGGGGGGUGCACGAGAGAGACAGAUUUAGCUUUACCCUGUAGUAUGACCCCCCAGAUGCAUCAGAGCUAUAUACACGUGUGUGAGAGAGAGAGAGCAAGAGAGAGAGGAGAUGGGGGGGUACUUUAUGAAAGCAUGGUUGACCAUGGGUAAAUGUAGCACCACUGGGAGCCAGGGAGGGAGAGAUGUUGGGGGAGGGGGACUCUAACAACCAGAAACAGUGUCGGAUUAAGAACCACAGACUCCUUCUAAAUGCUAUUAUUUGGUAUUGUUUACAUUCACGCAUGCUACAAUGUUCACAACCCAGUAUGAUGAUCUCCCCCUUCUGAUGUUGGUGUGAACCAUAGCUAGACGUAAACUGCUCUGGAGAAUUUACGGUUAACUCUUAUCCGACCAUAACAUCCCAGGUGAUUCACCUGUCGACAACCGUUGGAAACUCCGGUGGCUUUAAAAGAGUGGGAGGGAAAGACACCAUGAAUAUUUUACUGUAACCAUGGGAACCACUGUCAAACUCUAAAGCGGCGCUCAGCCUCCGUUUGACUCACUACCGCCCUGCCGCCCUGCGCAUCACCUCCGUGCUCCGAAUGCGUUCCCUCACGCCCUCCUGGGUUUGUUAUUGUAAUAAAGCUUUAAGAAUUGAACCAAUAAAAAUGUGUUAUUGGUUGAUAAGA